GUUUGGCCGCCAUUUUGAAAUCCAAAUCGUUCACAGUACACCCGCCUUGAAACCUGGAACUAUGCCGCGGGGCCGGCCUCGCAAACUAAGGGACAAAACCAACGAUGAAUCAGAAGGUGUGCAGGAGUCCAACCCAGAUACUUCUGGUUACGGCCAUGCAGACACCAGAGAGAAGAAGUGUACUGUGUGCUCACUGUCUUUCACCAAAGAGAGCCAGCUACAGCGUCAUAUCCGUGAUCAUGAAAUCAACGACAAGCCUCACCGAUGUGAUGAGUGCCCCUUGUCCUUCAACGUGGAGUUCAACCUCAAGCUACACAAGUCAACCCAUGCUGUCGUGGACCCCAAAUGUCCAAAGUGUCACAAGAAGUUUUCCCGAGUGGCCAGCCUCAAGUCCCACAUCAUGCUUCAUGAAAAGGAGGAGAACCUGAUCUGCAGCGAGUGUGGGGAUGAGUUUGUCCUGCACAGCCAACUGUCUCUGCACCUGGAGGGGCACCGCCAGGAGCUGUCAGGAACCAAGGUCUACGCUUGCAAGGCCUGCGGCAAGGAGUUUAAGAUGUCCUCCCAACUCAAGGAGCACAUGAAGACCCAUUUGCGGAUGAGGCCGAUUAUCGGAAAUUCUAGAAAUUACAAGAGGAACAUUGACCGGAGUGGGUUCACAAACAGUUGCCAACACUGUGGAAAAGCGUUUAAGAAACCCAGCCAGCUGGUUCGACACAUCCGGAUACACACAGGUGAAAGGCCGUACAAGUGCACUCACUGUGGGAAGGCCUUCAACCAGAAGGUGGUGCUGCAGACCCACAUGGUGCGUCACACGGGCGAGAAGCCUCACCUCUGCUUGCUCUGCCCCGCCUCCUUCUCCCAGAAGGGCAACCUGCACUCCCACGUCCAGAGAGUGCACUCCGAGGGAUGGGCAUCUGAGCAGUCAAAGGGAGUUCCCUUGUUCCACUGCUCGGACUGUAGCUGUGUGUUUAAAAAGCUCGGCAGCCUCAACGCCCACAUCAGUAAGAUGCACAUCUCCAUGAUCGAGGACCCUCCCCACGCACAGGAGGUGGAGGAGGCAGGGCAGACGGAGACGGGGGCGGAGGGUGCGGCAGGAAUGACAGACGUCAUCCAGCUGCUCCAGCUGUCUGAGCAGGUGACCGGGGAGGGCGCCCAGGCUCCGCCCCCAGUGCCGGCUAUUUCCAUGGACACGGGAAUCAACCAGGACAUCUUACAGCAAGCCCUGGAGAACAGCGGACUCAGCACCAUCCCGGUGCAGUCACACACCCAAAACAGCAGUGCCCUGAGACCGGGAAUGGCCACUCAGAACCAGGCCGCAGAGGGGGCUCUCCCUGCCCCCAGUAAGAGCCACGGCUCCGACAAAAUCCACAGGAAGGAGAAGAGGAGCAUCUACAAGAAACCUAUGCAGAUGCCAGGCUCUAUCAGAGAGGAGAACGGGGUCCGGUGGCACGUGUGCCCCUACUGCGCCAAGGAGUUCAAGAAGCCCAGCGACCUGGUGCGGCACAUCCGGAUCCACACGCACGAGAAGCCCUUCAAGUGCAAGCAGUGCUUCCGCGCCUUCGCCGUCAAGAGCACGCUGACGGCCCACAUGAAGACCCACACCGGCAUCAAGGCCUUCGAGUGCCACUACUGCAGGAAGUGCUUCUCCACGUCGGGCAGCAUGAAGGUGCACAUGCGCCUGCACACAGGUGUGCGGCCGUUUUCGUGCCCGCACUGCGACAAGAUCUUCCGUACCUCGGGCCACCGAAAGACCCACGUGGCCUCGCACUUCAAGAGCGCCCAGCAGAAGAAGCAGAAAGGCCCCCGGAAGCCCCACAAGACCCGCUCGGCCCGCGGCAACUUACCGCUGCCUGAAAUCCCCCUGCAGGAGCCCAUCCUCAUCACAGACCUAGGUCUCGUCCAGAAUCCCCGACUCUCCCUACAGCAGUACCUGGAUAUUGUGGAGAACGACCGGCCCUAUAAGUGCCCCUACUGCAGCAAGGCCUACAAGAAAUCCAGCCACUUGAAGCAGCACGUUAGGUCCCACACGGGAGAACGGCCCUACAAAUGCCUCCAGUGCAGCAAGGGCUUCGCCUCGUCAGGGGUGCUCAAGGCCCACAUCCGCACCCACUCCGGCCUCAAGGCCUUCAAGUGUGUGAUGUGCGACAGCACCUUCACCACCAGCGGCAGCCUGCGGCGUCACAUGACCACGCACAGCGACCUCCGACCCUACAUGUGCCCCUACUGCCAGAAGACCUUCAAGUCCUCGCCAAACUGCAGGAAACACAUGAAAACACACAGAUAUGAACUGGCCCAGCAGCUGCACCAGCAGCAGGGCCCCUCCGACACGCCCUCCCUGGAUGACCCCAUGGACGGGGCGGGCGUGGCAGCGAGCAUGCAGGUGGAGCUGGAGGGCGACGCCCUGCAGCCUGCGCCCACGGUGGGCCCCGAGCAGCAGGGCAUUCUGGGACUGGGCCAGGCGCAGGUAGUGGGCGCCCCCCAGCAGGUUGUCCUGGAGACGCAGCUCGGCGACCAGUCUCUCGUGCAGGAGGAUGACACUUUUGUGACGUCCCAGCAUGCACUGCCUCAGAACAUGGGCCAGUUUGAGACGCAGAGCCUCCCCCAGCAAGCCUAUGACCAGCAGACGCUGACGCAAGGGUUCUCCAUGGCUGAGAGCUUUCCCCAGCAAACCCAGUUCUCCACAGUGCAGCAGCUGCAGGAUUCCAGCACCCUGGAGUCUCAGGCCCUGACAUCCAGCUACCACUCCCAGAACCUGCUGCAUGUGUCCGGCACUGAGGUGACGAGCGGCCUGCUCCAGGAAUCGUCCCAGGGUGACCUCCAGCUUCCAGGCCAGAGGCAGGACUUCCAGGAGGACAGCGAGGACAACAGCAGGAGGACGUACAGGUGUUCCACCUGUAACAAAGGCUUCAAGAAGUCCAGCCACCUGAAGCAGCACGUGCGCUCACACACCGGGGAGAAGCCUUACAGAUGCAACAUGUGUGGGCGCAGUUUCGUGUCGGCCGGGGUGCUGAAAUCCCACCUGAACACACAUACCGGUGUGAAGGCCUUCAAGUGCAACGUAUGCGAUGCCUCCUUCACCACCAACGGCAGCCUGAACCGCCACAUGAUCAUCCACCAGAACAUGAAGCCCUUCAAGUGCCUGAUGUGCGAGGAGACCUUCAGAACCAACCUGCUGUGCAGGAAGCACGUGAAGAAGGACCACGUUGUGGGAUCCAGAGUUCUGGACGAGGAUGAGGCGGAGGAGGAUGAGGGUUCAGACCGGCUGGCGGCGAAACGCAAUCGCACUGGGAUCAUCACCUUCACAGAGGAGCAGACAGCCGAGCUGGCCAAACGGGAGCCUCACGACGGCGCCUCCGUGUCGGAAAAGGUCCUGGCCCAGUCGGCCGCCGAGCGUGACCGCAUCAGCGAGAUAAAGGACAAGGCCGUGGAGCUGCAGACCGAACCAAAGUUCGCCAACCGCUGCAACUUCUGCCCCAAGAGCUUCAAGAAGCCCAGCGACCUGGUCAGACACAUCCGGAUCCACACAGGAGAGAAGCCCUACAAGUGUGACGAUUGUGGAAAGAGCUUCACGGUCAAAUCCACUCUGGACUGCCAUGUGAAGACACACACAGGCCAGAAGCUGUUCAACUGUCACAUGUGCAACACAGCCUUCUCUACCAAGGGAAGCCUGAAAGUGCACAUGCGUCUACACACGGGCUCCAAGCCCUUCAAGUGCCCCUUCUGUGACCUCCGCUUCCGCACCUCCGGCCACAGGAAGACCCACAUCCAGUGCCACUAUAAGCCCACCUCCGAGAGCAAGAAGGCCAAGAGGGCGGCCGACAGACACCAGCACGCCCAACCCCAGGCCCAGCCCCCACCCUCGGACACCCUGCCCCCCGUCAGCCUUCUCCAGGCAGGCCCAAACGACCCAGGCGUCUACAUCUCCAGCAACCCUGUGCUCACUGGCCAGUUCGACCAGAACCUCCUGCAGCAGGGCCUCGUGGGUCAGGCAAUUUUGCCCGCCUCAGUUUCCGCUGCGGGCGACCUGACAGUUUCUCUCCCGGAAGGCCUCGCCACCUUAGAGGGCAUUCAGCUACAGCUCACCUCCACCAACUUGGUGUGCCCCAAUGUGCAAAUAUCUGGCAUCGACACCACAAAUAUCAACAAUAUCACUCUGCAGAUCGACCCCACGAUCCUGCAGCAGACUCUUCAGCAGGGCAGCCUGCUCUCCCAUCAGCUGGCGGCUGACGGCAGCCUCACCCAGCACGCCACUGCCCACCUCAUGGCCGGCGAUUCGACCAUGCCCGCCAACGUGGUGAUCCACCCGCUGAGCAGCCUCUCCCUGCAGCCCUCCCUGACCUCGGCCGGCGUGGGCAUCACCGGCCUGGCGGAGAGGGACAGCAGCGGGUCUCAGGACCUGUCGCAUGUAAUGACGUCCUCGGGGCUGGUGGCGACAGGCGGGAACGGGCAGGAGAUCACGCUGACCAUCAACAACUCCAGCCUCAGCCAGGCCCUGGCCCAGGCGCAGGCGUCCACGGCUGCAGGCUCCGCCCCCUCAGUCAGCAACCCGCAGGAGAUCACGCUCACCAUAUCGGGUCAAGACCUCAUUCCACAGCACAGCACCUCCAGUGGUGCAGAUAUGGGUGCUAUGGGGCUGGCCACUUCCAUGAACACACAGGCAGGGGGCGCCACCCUCACCAUCGCCAAUGACCAGCUCCUACCUCAGAGCCCAACCAGCACUGGAAUGACAGUGAGCAGCCUGCCCCCCGCCACCUCCCUCUCUCAGGCGACGGUGUCGUCUCAGAGUCUGGUGAUGUCAUCGACGGGCAUGGCGAGUGACGGCAGCGUGACGCUCACCCUGGCGGACACUCAGGGCAUGCUGACCAGCGGCCUGGACGCGGUCACUCUCAACAUCGCCUCCCAGAGCCAGCAGUUUCCCGCCAUUCUGAGUGAAGCCGGUAUCCACGGGCAACCAGCCAACACCUCCCAGCAGGUCAUACUGGUCAGCCACCCCACCCACGGCACCGUGGGUCCACCUGACGAUGGUUUCAGGAUCCCGGAGGUGAACAGGCCGCUGGUGAAGGAGACGGCAGUGGACACGCAGCAGGGUCUGAACCAGUGCUUCUACUGCAACCAGGUCUUCCUGACCCCCGUCAUGCUGAGGAGACACUGCAGGCAGCUGCACGGGAAGGAGCGCUGCCACGUCUGCAGGGUCUGCAACAAGGCCUUCAAGAGAGCCACACACCUCAAGGAACAUGAACAUGUCCAUCAGCAGGGGCCCUCGCUGAGCUCACAGAGACCCCGCACCUUCAAGUGCUCUUCCUGUGAAAAGGCCUUCGCCAAGCCCAGCCAGCUGGAGAGGCACAACAGGACCCACACAGGGGAGCGACCCUUCAAGUGCCAGCAGUGUGACAAGGCCUUCAACCAGAAGAGCGCCCUCCAGGUGCACAGGGUGAAGCACACCGGAGAGAAGCCUUACAAGUGCGAGGUGUGCGGCAUCAGCUUCACCCAAAAGAGCAACAUGAAGCUGCAUGUGAAGCGGUCGCACAGCUACGGGAGCAACCAGGAGGUGUCCAUGGAGCAGGGAACGGAGGGAGAGGAGGAGGCUGGGCAGGAUUUGGACCUAGAGGAGGUGGUCCAGGAGUCUUCUGGAGACUGGCAGUGCCCCAUUUCUACCGUUUUCCGGUAGCUUCUGCCUCGCAAGGAACUCUUCAUUUUCUUUUCUACCAUUUUCCGGUAGCCUCUGCCUCACAAUGAACUCUUUCUUUUUUUGUUUCAUUUUUUAUUAAUCUUUUUAAACUUGACGCUUGAAGUGUUUACGUCAUGAUGGUGUCACACCGAAACACUGGAGAACUUUAUAAUAUAUUUAGCCAGACAGCUGGUUACAGCCCCCUAAUAAGUGUCUUCAACAUGAAAAUGUCAAGUAGACCCAGGUUCCCCAGAUAGAACACAGACAAUUACACACGUAUGGCCCAGUGGCACCAUAACCGAAAUGAGAACUAUGAUGAGCUUCAGAUAAGAUGCAGAAACUCCCAACAUCUGCCUCCCAAACACACAGGAGGGAAAUUCACACAGAAUUAUCAAAGGUAUAAUCCAAAUAUUCUGAACAUAGAACUAAAAAAAAAAAAAAAACGCAUUGCAUUCUGACAUUGAACGGGCUUGACUAAGCAUGAAAAAGUGCUUUUCAGAUGAAACUUUUUUUAAAGUUAGUGGCCUUCCAAUGCUGGUUGGGUAUUUUGGGUUUCGUUGUUUGGUUUUUGGGGCAGCUCUUGUAAGCUAUAUUCUGGAGUGAAUACUAACAGAGCACCAGCAUUUUAAUGGUAGAUGCAGAUUCUCUGGGUUCCUCGGUUUACUGACAAUGUUCUUCUGAUCCUCAAUAUAGUGGCUUUCUCAGGAGAAGUCUGUUUGUCUGUCUGUAUCUGUCUCUUUCUGUCUGUCUGUCUGUCUGCACAUACAUCCACCUGGGUGCAUAUAAGGGUGUGCUCGCACAAAUGUACUUGUGCAUGUUUUUGCUUGUGUAUGCAUGUGUGUGUAUAUGUGUUUGUAUUAGCAUGCAUUUGCGUUUUUGAGAAUUCCUUGAAUAUCACGGCAGAUCAAACCGUGGCCAAAUGAACUGAAGGUUCUGUGGAACUGUGAGCCAAAUGCAGGCCUUGAAAUUCUAGGACAAACUUUUACUAAAACAUCCACUGCAUUCCCACAGUGGUGAAUUAACAUUGCACUCAUAUAUAUUCUUAGAUAAUAUUUGUGAUAAACUAUUUGGUGAUUAAUAUAGCAGUCACAGAACGAUCGCAGAUAAAAUGUGUACACAGUAACACAUCUAGUGGUAUUUGUUUGAGUAAACUAUAAAGUGCUGGGCUAAAUAAUUCUGGUAGUAUAUAAUUUAAUUUAGUAUAUCGUUUAAAAAUGGCACAUGCUUGCAUACAUUUCUCUGCCCACUCCUUCAUGGAGCAUAUUCUAUUUGACUCAAAGGCCAUUACACUCAUACAGAUGAAAAAACAUUAUUCCUCAAAAGGUCUUUAAAAAUGUUGCUCAAACUCUUUUUUUAUUGUACCAGAGAUCAAAUCUGACAGCUGCACAAUAAACAGGUUUGUUGGGGGCAGUUGGAAGCUAGUGCAUCAGUGUGUCACCAUCUGUGGACGGAAGUCCUUUGAACGUUGACGGUUUCCAGUUUUGACUGAUUUGCAUGAAACAGCAAGUGAUAGAAAGUUAUCCAUGACACGCAGGAAUGCCAUUCUACGUUAUCUACUUUUCAGUUUUAAUCCUUAGGGUGGUUCAGCUUUUCAUAAAAGGGCAUAACCUCAGAUGUGAGUAUUUGUUUUCGACCAUGUAUGUUGGCAUUAUUUAAUACAAUUUCCAGAAGGCAAGCUUUUGGAACAUGUAUUAUUUUUAUUACCGUUACUGUUCAGAGAUGAUGUUGCUGUAAAAUGGAAAAAGGAUGCCUUGAUUUUUGUUGUUCAUUUCAGUGUUUCAUUUGUCAGUGUGAUGGCAUAAUCGUGGAACACGUUUGCAGUCGCAGCGCUGCAGUAAUUGUUUGAAGAACUCACAGCUCUUGGUUUACAUAAAGCAUGUUGAGAGGACAUGGUGAAGAUAGCCUUGUCAUGCAGUAUUUCCUUUUAAGUCAACUUCAACCUCAUAUAAUUUUGGGUUUGUACUUUUUGUUUUUGCAAUGUAAAUAUUGUAUAGAUUGGACAUUUGGGGAAUUAUUUCACAUAAUUAGAGAUGAAUACUGAAUGGAAGAGAGCUAACUUGUUUCGUUUUUUUCCUUUUCGUUCAGUUUUAUCCAUCAUUAGGUUAAUGUACAGAUAGUAUAAGUUGUAUAGUUCAAGACAGGAAUGUAUUUUGUAAUUUUAAAAGUAUUUAAGUGAAAAUAAAUUCUUUUUUAAGUAA